UACAUCGAACAAACAGACAAAUAGACUUUUAACAAAAAUUACAAGAUUAUCUAACUUACGCAAUUUAUGCAUUGUUGCAGUUAGAAAGCAAAAGGAAGUUUUACAUACUUUAAGAGAGAAUAUUGUCAAAGAACAUGGUUUUUUCAAAAAGAUUCUUGCUGAUUUUGGAAAUGAACUGAAAACAUUUACUACAAGUGUAAAAGAUAAUGCUGUCAUUGAAAGAGAUAAUAUGGUUUUAAAAUACAACAGCAUGGAGAAACAAUGUAUGGAUCUUCAACAUAAGUUGAAAAACAUGGAAGGAACAGAUAAGAAAUUGCUUCAAACAAAAACUGAAUUUGCAGUUAUGAAGAAGAAAAUGAACGAAUAUGAAAGACGUGUGACACAGUUUGAACAUGAAAAUAAAUCAUUGCAAGAAAAAAAUGAAUUAUUGCAAAGGAAUAUUGGAUUUGUACAAUUUUCAUCAAGUGAUCAAUUAAAAAUAUCAAUGGAAAAACAUCAGAAACAACAGGAAGCCCAUGAAAAAAUAUUGACUGAAAAAAAUGAAGAAAUUGAAAAACUAAAUAGUUUUUGCAAGUCUUUGGAAAGGCAAGUCAAUGACAAAUCUGCUACAGAAGCAAGAAAAACUGUGAAAAAAGAUGCUGAAUUACAAAAUGUCAAAGAUAAAGUUGAAGAAUUAACAAACCUUUGUGAAAGUCUUCAGAGUGAAAGAGAAACGAUGAUUAUUGCUCAUCAUGACCGGAUUGAUGAUUUAAGAAAAAGUUAUGGUAGAAAACUAGAAACGUCAGAAAUCAAUUGUAGAGAUCUCGAAAAACAACUUGAAAAACAGAAUGAAGUUGAAAACGAAUCUGCAACGUUACGUUCUUCGCUCAUAGAGGCAGAAAAAAAAAUAGCGGCUAUAAGAACGGAUCAUUCUAAAGAAGUCGACAUGUUAAAUGUUGAAAUAAAUAACUUAAAGGAAACGCUCAAAGAAAAAUCAAAUGUUUUGCUGUCUUUAAAAGACGAAAACAACAAUAUAAAGAUGAAAUUGUCUUUGAUCAAUGUAAAGAAAAGUGAAGAAACUCGACUGUUGCAAUUACAAAUUCUUGAUUUGAAUAAAAAAAUUGAAAAUUUUCAAAGAAAAGAAAUAGAUAAAGAUAAAAGUUUUGACGCAGUAAAGUUUGAAAAACUUGUUGAUAUCAAAAUGUUAAAAGAAAAGUUGUCUGAAAAAGAAGACCAGGUCGUUCUUCUCCAAGAAACUGUACGACGUGAGUGCGAGGAAAGACUGGAGCUGACACAAGCUCUAAGUGAUAUACGAAUACGUUUCUUGGCUCUUCAACAAAAUUUUGAUCUUUCGCGAUCUAAAAUUAGAAAUAAAGCCAAGGACCAUUAUGACAGAUCGUCCGUUUUAACUGUGUCGUCAGAUAUCUUUAGUAGGUUGCAGGUAGAAGACAUUGAUGAGAACAAACGAUCGACAAAGAUGUCUGUUGACAAUCUUCGUGACAGAAUUGCUGCCGCUCUUGGUAGAGAAAGUUCUUCUAACCAUAGCAGAUGAAACAAGUAUUUUUCGAACAAUCAAAGAAGAUUAACCUUUCCAAAUGCCGAUGGACACAAUGUAUCCUGUAUAUUUGUCGAAAUAAGUUGUGAUUCAUGGUGAACUGUGCAAUCGUCUCUUCCACUCAGUUAUUCUGAUAUUUCAACUAAGAAGUAAAACAAGGAUCGUAUGUUAGACAGGAUAUUUCUGCCUGUCGUAGUUCUGUUGCUAAUUAAAAUAUUUUCAUGAACUUUUCCAUCAUCACUCGAGAUCAUCCCAUCAUCUCUGGAAAUUUGUGGAGCGUAUGUCAUUACACAAUAAUCAUAUUGUUGGCUCUGUAAUCUUUCCCACUUUGAAUGGUUUUAAAUUAAAUUUUAUUCUUAAGACAAAUGUAAAUUACAAAGUUGCGAGCUUGUUUCACAUAUCAUAGGUGUACAUAAACAAAGUAAUAUAAAGUAUAAGAAAUAGACCGAGUACUUACGUACUUCAACGACAAUUAACGGAGCUCAACGAAACAUGCGAGUUACAAAAUGGCAGCCAGGGGAAUGACUUUGUAUCUCAAAAAUCGAUUUUUUCGUUGCUCUAAAUGUGCAUUAAACUUGCAACGAAUCCAAGCAAAUAGCAAUUUGGCUGAAGAAACGCCGAAGCAGUCAUGGAAAUUUUUGAUUUUAGCGUUUGGAGUUCCUGUCAGUGCUUUACUAUUUUACAAGACUGUCAUUGAACCAGGCACUAAUGACCUUUCAGAAGAAGAAAAAAAACUGCCAUUUAUGACAAGGCUUAUGAUGAAGUAUUUAAUGGAAGAUCCAAUUGAAAACCAACACAAGAUACAUGAACAUAUUCGUGUUUGUAGAGAAGUUGCUGACAAAAGAUUGGCAUGGAAUAAUCAAAAACAAAAUCCCAUUGCUCCUGGAAAGUUUCAUGCACUUAUCACGCAAGAAAAGAAAAAUGUGGCAUUUGAUUCUGAAAUGCAUUGAUGAGAAAGACAAGAUGGUGUCUGUUGUGAUAAAUAUAUUGCGUUUAAUAAAGUUUAUUUUGUCAUUUUGUA